AUGUUUGCAGCGACAUCUCGAGCUCAAACCAUUGGUGUGUCUGAAUUCAAGGCUCGCCGUCGUCAUUUACUAUCAUGUUUAGAUCCAAACACUCUACUUAUUAUUCUAGCUUCCGAUGAGGUCACCUACUCACAGGACAUUCUUUAUCCACACAGGCAAAACAGCCUUUUUCACCACCUGUUUGGACUACAGGAACCGCUACGUCGAAUGCUAAGCCCUCCAACUUCUAUCUUCACGAACGAUGUGCGGCUCACCUGUGGAGCCUUUAUGAAAACGGAUAGUGGAUCCAAAACCUUUCUGUUCGUUCCACCACAAACGACGGAUCCCUUGGAAUUGACUUGGGCUUCUCAACCUAAAACUCUGGAGGAUUUCAAAAGGAUCCACCUUGGACUGUGCAAAAAGGGAGAGCAAAACCAUGCCACUGCCGAGAACCAUAAAAAUACAGUUGAAGACCUCUUGUGGUCCGAAUGCGUGCGUGUGAAUGAUAUCAGAACCAUUUCUGGUGUUCUUUAUAGAGAAAUUCAAGCAUCUGCUCAGGAAAGAUGGACAAACAUAGUAAAUAAGCACAGCUCACUUCCUUUUGGCGAAGAGGACAGGAAAGAAAGUGGAACACGCUUACUUUACAAGGUACUUGACCCCCUUCCGCAACUUCUCAUCGAAUUUCCGCCUCAGAUACGCUGGACAAAACAGCACUAUCGCCUUGAGGUUCCGUUGCCCACCACUAAAGUGAAGGACUCCACGAAAAACUGUAGCGUUGCAUCUCACAGCGUCGCUUUCCGCCAUCCAUUAGAGGCCUUGAUGGGUGUGUUACUUGCCUUUCGUUUUGAGUUUGUAUUACCUCCAGCUCUUUUGACUUCUCUGCGUCAGACAGGGCCUCCUCCGGCCUUGGUAUGUUCCUAUUACUCCCCACCGCCUCUUCGAGCCUGGUGCGGUGUCUCGCCCCAUGACAACACACAACAAGAGCACAUCCGGCAAUGCCUCGCUCUGGAUGGUAGCGCAUGCACAAUCAAAACGGCCGCAUGCGGCAUGGUGAAGCGCACCGCCAUUCGCUCAGCCGACGACACCCUCUGCCGCUAUCGCCUCUUGAAGUCGCCGAAGCAAAUUGCGGAGCACGUAUGGAGCGCCGUGGCUACUCGUCAGGCCUUCCAAGCGGUGAUGAGGCGUGCGGCAUGCACCACCUCCGAGCACUCCAUCACUGUCGCCUUUCACCAGGCCAUCUUAACGCUCAGCGAACGGAUGGGCCCUGGUGUGCGGGUGAACGCCGCCUACAUCCCUGUUGUCGCCAGUGGAGUGCGUGCGACCGAGAUUCACUACACGUGCAAUAGUGGCGACGCGGAUAAGGGAGAUCUUCUCCGGUUUGACGGUGGCGUGGAGGUUAAUCUGGUGCCAACCGACUGCACACGAACCUUUCCUGUAUGCCAGCCUAGCUUCACCACAAUCCAGAAAAGGCUUUACGGUGCCUUGCUACAAAUCCAACAGGAGCUGAUUCAAAGUAUACAAUCCGGCCUAUUGGUCUCAGAAGUGUCCAAGAAGCAUAUUGAGUCUACAAAGAAUAUUCUAGAAAAACAGCUAGGGGUUAGAGGUGUUACUGAAAACCAGGUUCGCACCCUAUUCUGUGCGCAUGGUUUUGGCCACCUUAUGGGGCUUGACAUUCAUGAGCAGUUUGUUCGGAGCAAGGAUAAACAAAGUAGGGAAUUCACUUUUUUGGGUGGAAUGGUUCACACCAUCGAGCCGGGAUUGUAUUUGCCCGAUGCGAACCGCGCAAAUGCAUUCAACUAUGAUCUGAGUUGCGUUCCACAGGCUUUGCGUGGCGUCGGCCUGCAGAUCGAGGAUGAUGUUUUAAUCCUGCCUCGUUUUGGUGAUGGUGCCAAUGAACAAUCUCCUUGGUCUCGGCUGGACUAUUUGAAUGAGAUAUUGAGAGUCGUUGACGAACUCUUGAAAGAUGAAGACUACAUCAGAGAUUGCGUUUUCUUACGGGACGAUAGGCUUCAACGCUACAAGACCUAUCUAACACAUCCUCAAUUCGAUGUGUUGUACUUUUUGUUCCUCCAAAGAACUUCCCUCUUUGGACUUCAGGAGGCUAUAGAGGCUUUGUCUUUGGAUGCCACACGAGUCCAAAGACACUUUACCGAAAGGAGACCGAUAAUAGAGUGGGUACCACCUUCAUGUGGAUGGUAUCCUUUUGAGGUGGUGGUUUUGACAGCUUGCAUACCAAAGGAAAUACCACACAUCGAGGACUAUAUGAGCAGAAAUAGAUAA